AUGGGCAACUUACCUCGGAGUCGUGUGGCUCAUCAUCAGCGACCUUUUACGUAUUGCGGUUUGGACAUAUUUAGACCUAUGGAGGUCAUAGUAGGUAGACGCAGGGAAAAAAGAUACGGUGUCAUUUUCACGUGCUUAACGUUGUGUGCAAUCCACAUUGAGACCGUUGCCUUCCUUAAGACACAUUCUCUAAUCAUGGCACUUCGUCGGAUGGCAGCGAGGCGUGGAUGGCCGCGUCACUUGUACUCUGACAAUGGUACCAAUUUCAGAGGCGCAGACAAGGAACUCCAACGGACUAUGCAGGACCUUGACCAGGAAUACCUACGUAGCGUAGGUGUCAACAACGGGAUGGAUUGGACUUUCAUCCCCCCCGCCAUUCCUCGUUGGGGUGGGGCGUGCUGCUGA